CGGGGGCUGUGGGACCAUGGCGGGCCGAGGAUCCGCGUCCUCGGAGCACCUGGAGCGGCUGCACGAGAUCUUCCGCGGGCUGCACGGAGACCUGCGGGCCAUCCCCGAACGGCUGCGGGGCAGCGCGGCCGAGGAGAAGAAGAAACUGGUUCGCGAAUUCGAUGAGAAGCAGCGUGAAGCCAACGAGACACUGCGGGAAAUGGAGGAAGAGCUGAAGUACGCUCCUGUGCCUUUCCGCAACCAAAUGAUGAGCAAAAUCCGAGCCUACAGAAGAGACCUGUCCAUGUUCCAGAGGGAUAUGAGAAGCACAGAUUUGGGGUUGGGCCGUGGAAACCAAGGCGAUACAAAAUAUGGGAUCUUUGCCACAGAAAAUGAACAGAGUACUAACCUGCAGUCCCAGAGGGUGCUGCUGCUCCAGGGCACAGACAGUCUGAACCGAGCCAGCGAGAGCAUCGAGCGCUCGCACCGGAUCGCUGCCGAGACCGACCAGAUCGGCACGGACAUCAUCGAGGAGCUCGGCGAGCAGCGCGAGCAGCUGGAGCGCACCAAGAGCAGGUUGGUGAACACCAGUGAGAACUUGAGCAAGAGUCGCAAGAUUCUGCGCUCCAUGUCCCGGAGAAUAACCACAAAUAAGUUGCUGCUGUCAAUUAUCAUCAUCCUGGAACUGGCCAUCCUAGGAGGUGUGGUCUACUACAAGUUCUUUCGCAAGAAAUGAACCUUCAUGAUCAAUAUGAGCUUUUCCACUGAUGAGGAAGAGGAUGGGCUCUCUGCUCCCUUUGACUGUCUGAGGGUUGAACUG